CGCCGCAGCGGCGUCGUCGAAGGUCGCGACCGGCGACGCCUGGAGCGGCGAGUGGAGCGGCGACGCCUGGACCGGCUCGUCGCCGUCCGACGCAGCGAGGCUCGGCACUGGGGAGGCGGCCGGCGCCGCCGGCACUGCUGGGUCUGGCGACGCCAGCUUUGCUGCAGCCGUGCGACUUCGCUACGAUCUAUGGGUAGCGUGAACGUGUCCGACCUUGCCCGUGCAAGGCUAUAGGCCCAGUUUGAACGAAUUUGGCGCUGCGAGUUCCAGCCUCGAGAGGCCUCUCAUCGAGCCUCUCAGCCUCUCUGCUCGUCGAAUAGAUCGUAAUCUUGCACUAUUCCAGGCUCAGCGCGAUGCUACUACAACGCUCUCUCCGUGCCGCGCUGCGGCAGGCACCGCGCGCAUGCCGCAGAGCCAUCAGCUCAGCACCCAAAGCGGCAGCCGCCGCAAAAGCGCCAGCGUUCGCGUUCGGCAUGGGCGCAUCGGUCGCCGGCACGGGCGCAUCGGUCGCCGCGACGCAGACAUCGGUGGGCCUACCUCCUGCGGUGGCCCUUGCGCUCGGCCUCUCCGGCGCGGCGGUCGCGACGGCGACGAACUGCGACGGCGACUACCUGCGACGCAACUUCGUGGCCGACGCGGCGGCGAAGGCGCUGCCGGCCGUCGUCAACCUGACGAGCGACGUGCAGAAGGGCUGGGUCCGCGGCAUGAGCGCCGGGAGCGGCUUUAUCGUACGAGCCGAUGGAUUGGUGGUGACGAACGCCCACGUCGUCCAGCACGCGCGGGGCGGCAAGGUCGUGGUCACGCUCGCGGACGGACGGAAGCUAAGGGGGCGCGUGCUCGCUCUAGACGCGGCGAGCGACCUGGCCGUGGUCCAGUGCGAGGUGCCGAAGCACACUCAGUCUUUACCCGUGGCCGAGCUCGGGAGCUCCGCAGCGUUGCGGCCGGGCGAUUUUGUGGUGGCGUUGGGGUCUCCCCUCAACCUGUCGAACUCGGUGACCUCGGGCAUCGUCUCGAACGUCCACCGCCACGGCUCGGAAUUAGGUAAUGUCCAGUCGCGGGCCGAGUACCUGCAGACCGACGCGGCCAUCAACCAAGGGAACAGUGGCGGGCCCCUGGUGGAUUUAGAUGGGAAAGUCGUUGGCAUCAACACGAUGAAGGCGGCGGCGGCCGACGGUAUUAGCUUCGCGAUUCCCAUUGAUGUCGCUUGGGCCGUGGUGAGACAGUUGUUGCAGCACGGCGCCGUGAAGCGGCCCUACGUCGGCAUCCAGAUGCGCGCGCUACCGCUCAAGGGCGGCGUGGAAGUGGUCCAGGUCGCGCCGGACUCGCCGGCGGAGCGGGCCGGGCUGCGGGCGGGCGACCGGCUCGUGGCGAUGCGGGGCGAGCGGAUCCGGGACGUGGCGGACGUGCUCGCGCGGCUCGCGCUGCGGGCCGACGUGCUGGACGUGACGGUCGCGCGGCCCGACGUCGACGGCUCCUACCGCAACGCGACGCUCGUGGAAGCGCGCGUCGUGCCCGAGGAGAGGUGAAUUUGACGCGUAUAAAACUGUUGUCUAUCUUUAGACCUAGAGCGGAGCGACGCGGAGACCUGACGAUUGGCGACAACCGACAC